GAAACUAAACGGGCUUCGUCGGGCAUGUCCGUUUAUGUCUGAUUAGGAAACGGGUUUAUAUAAAAAUAAACGGACUGUCCGUUGAGCCCGUUUAGCUUUCAUAAACGAUGACGUUUUGUGUAAUAACCCUAGUGACUAGUGAAUGAGACCUUAUCGUUGUUUAGAACUCAGAAGCUAUUCUCUCCGCAGCCGACGUUCCUCUCCAGCUCCGCCCGUGUUCUUCUCCACAGCUCCGCCGUGUUCCUCUCCAAAGCUCUGCCGUGUUCCUCUCCAGCUCCGCCGUGUUCCUCUCCAGCUCCCCCCGUGUUUCGAUCUGUUCGUAGCUCCCCCCGUGUUUCGAUCUCUUUUUUUUUUGGCAGAGAUGGACUCUGAAUCUCUGCGAACAAUGGCACUUCUUGAAGCUCGAAGUGAAUACAAUGAAAUGAAUGAGGAGGAUGUUGAAUUUGAUGUAGAAGAGGAGUUGACAGAAACAGAAGCUGAGAUUCAAACAGAAGCAGAGGUUCAAACAGAAACACAAGCAACUGCAUCAACACAAGCAGCUAAACCUCAACGUAAGCGUCGAAAAACCUCUACUGUUUGGGAAGAUUUUGUAUUAGUGAGGAUAGAAGAUGGAACAGAAAAGGCUAAGUGCAAUCACUGUGGUUCAGAAUUAGUUUAUAAUAGUAAAACCCAUGGUACUAAUCAGUUGAAGCGACACUUAGAGAGUUGUUCUAAGAUGCCUAAGAAGGUAGAUAGACCUGUGUAUGAUCAUUUGGUAGAUCGUGCGAUGGUUACUGAGGCUAUCAUUUACCAUGAUCUACCAUUUCGAUAUGUGGAGUUUGAGAAGGUUAGAGAAAGAGAUAAGUAUUUAAAUCCCGAGUGUAAACCCAUCUGUAGACAGACGGCUUCUCUUGAUGUCUAUAGGAGAUAUGAAGUAGAGAAGGAGAAGUUGAAGGGGCUGUUGGAGAAGCAUCGUGGCAGGGUCUGUCUGACUGCUGAUUUAUGGGUAUCUAAGCCUCAGAAUACAGGUUAUAUCUGCUUAACUGUCCAUUACAUUGAUGAUGACUGGAGAUUGGACAAUAAGAUCUUAGAAUUUUGUGAGAUGAAGUCUCCACACACAGGUGAUCUGAUUGCCACUAAGAUCUUCGAGUCAUUGAAGGAAUGGGGUUUAGAGAAGAAGAUUUUCUCAAUUACUCUAGACAAUGCCACAAACAACAACAGCAUGGUGAGAAUUCUUGCGGGCAAGCUUCAGAUGACAAGUGGAAGUGGUGGAGGUCUGUUGUGUGAUGGUAAGCACAUACAUGUGAGAUGUUGUGCUCACAUUUUGAACCUCAUAGUUAAAAAUGGCCUGGAGUUAGCAAAUAGUCUUCUUCAUAACAUUCGAGAGAGUGUCAGAUAUGUGAAAGCAUCGCCACAAAGGAAAGAAGCAUUUGCAGCAUGUGUAGAGAGAGUAGGAAAAAGAAGGGGUGGAGCUGGAUUGUCACUUGAUGUUUCUACUCGCUGGAACUCUACAUACGAUAUGCUGGUUAGAGCUCUCAAGUUCAAGGAGGCAUUUGCUAGCAUGGAGUCUUAUGAUCCGAACUAUAAGACUAAUCCUUCAGUGGCUGAGUGGAACCGUGGGGAAAAGAUCUGUGAAUUGUUGAAGUCAUUCAGUGUCAUAACAACAGAUUUUUCAGGUUCAAAGUAUCCCACUUCUAAUAUCUAUUUCACACAAGUAUGGAAUAUACAAUUGUUAUUGGAGAAAUAUUCCACUUGUGAUGAUCUUGGGGUGAGAGAAAUGGCCAGAGACAUGCAAGUGAAGUUUGAUAAAUAUUGGAAGGAGUAUAGUCUAAUCUUGGCUAUGGGAGCAGUUCUAUAUCCAAGAAUAAAGAUUGAGAUGCUUGAAGCUUCUUAUAAAGAAUUGGAUCCUUCUACUGCUAGCUUAAAGACUGAAAAACUCAAGGAAAGUUUGAGUGAUCUCUAUAAAGAAUAUCAGAAACUGUCUCAAACAAGUUCUUCAGGGUUUUCACUUACACCACAUGAGAUUGUCACAGAAUCUCCCCUUGAAGAUGAUUAUGAUAAUGACUUUUUUGAGCUGGAAAAGAGCAUUGGUGGUGGAGCUGGUGAUCCAAAGACACAUUUAGAUAUCUACUUGGAAGAGCCAAGGCUAAAUAGGAGGGCCAAUAUAAAUUUGGAUGUCUUGACUUAUUGGAGAGACAACCAGCAUCGAUUUGGAGAUUUAGCAUCUAUGGCACGUGAGAUCCUCAGCAUUCCGAUC